AUGCCUACAUCUUUUAUCCUCAAAACCUGUGAACAUAUUACCUUUCCAAACCAAAGAGACUUUACAGAUGUGAUUAAGGUUAAGUGUCUUGGAUUAUCCAGGUGGGCCCUAUCUAAACACAUUAAUUCUUUAAAAAACAGAGAACCUUUCCAGGCUAUGAGCAGAGAGAGAGAGAGAGAUGACAACAGGACAAGGGUCUGGGAGAAAUGUGAUAUUACUGGCUUUGAACAUGGAGAAAGGGGUCAAUACCCAAACCACGGAAUGUGGGCAGCCUCUAGAAGCUGCCUGGCUUGCCUGGUGGCUCUGACAGUAAAGAAACUGUCUGCAAUGCAGGAAACCCAAGUUGAAUCCCUGGUCAGGAAUAUCCUCUGGAGAAGGAAAUGA